AUGUUCUUAAUGCCAUCGAUGGACGAGUUGUGGACACAAGAAAUGGAGACAAUGUUCGGUCGAAAGCGAGCGUUGAAGCGCUUGAAUGGACACAACUGUGAAGACCGGAGGUUGUCGUCGCAACCAAAACGAGGCAAAAGUGAUGUCUUUAGCGUUAAACUCAAUGUCAAACACUUUACCGCCAAUGAGAUCAUCGUAAAAGUGGUCGGAAGUGAUCUGAUUGUCACCGGAAAGCACGACGAGAGGGAGGAUAAGAGCGCCGGUGGGUAUGUGAGCCGUCAGUUCACACGAAGGUAUGCCAUACCAGUGGACACGGAUGUGAAGGCAAUGGCUUCGAGUUUGGCGUUCAAUGGAUUGCUUGUCAUCUCAGCGCCGGUGAAGACAUCACCACAAGAGAGAGUGAUUGCCGUCAAAGUUGUCGACAAACACAGCGAAGACAACGACAGCGCCGGUAGUGAUGAGACGAUUACCACAACUAUUACUGCAGUCGAGGACACCGGCGAUGGGGAACGGGAGGCGUCGACCAAACAAUAG